CAACCCUUCCCUUAAGCUAUUGGUCACAUGCUUCCCCAAAAGGCUUUGUAACACUUUCGAGUUGACCAGCUGUGCUAGCAGCGCACUCGCUCAGCAGACAAUGGACUUUGAGACGAGGAUCUACCCCCAGAUCGGGGGGUUCGGUCGCUAUAACCGCCUGGUAGCUGCUUUCACCUGGGUCCCCAGCUUUGCGGUAGCGCUGAGUCUCUGCUCCGAGCUGUUCUUCACGUCGGUCCCUGGAUCUUACCACUGUAAGCGGGAUCCGUCCUUGUUCCCAGCCGCUUUCCAGUACCGCAACCUGUCCGCACAAGAGCUCGUUAACCUCACCAUACCCUGGGCGAGGGAGACCGGGCUGAGUCGCUGUGAACUGUACAGGUACCCGGCGAAUGUCUCCAAUUUUACCAAGGAUCUCUCGGACGGGGUUGUUUCGUGUACCGUGGGUUGGGAAUACACGGAGGCGGCUGGGCUUGAGAGCAACUUUGUUACUGAGUGGGACCUGGUCUGUGACAGCUUCUGGAAAGUCCCUCUGGAACAAGUUUGCUUCAUGACUGGCUGGAUCUUGGGGUAUAUACUUCUGGGCUGUGUCUGUGACCGGCUGGGCCGGCGGCGGGUGUUCCUGUGUUCGGCGGUGCUCUCUGGGCUGCUGGGUUUUGGCGUGUGUGUGUCCAUCAGCCCCGCCAUGUUCCUGCUGCUGCGGCUCUCCCAGGGGGGCAAUCUGGCCGGUCUCUUCCUGUCUUCAUACGUCACCAGACUGGAGCUGUGUGACUCACCACACCGCCUCAUGGUCACUGUGAUUGGUGGGCUCCUGGCAGUGUGUGGGGAGCUGCUGUUGCCGGGGCUGGCGGUGCUCUGCCGUGAUUGGCCAGUCCUGCAGGCGGUGGUCACCUUGCCUCUUCUGAUGUUGCUUUCCUAUUGGUGGUGUGCCUCGGUCUUCCCCGAGUCCCCUCGCUGGCUGCUGGCCACGCGACAGAUCUCCUCGGCCAAGAGGGUCUUGCUGAGCUUCUCUUUGCGGAACCGCGUGUGUCUGGGUGAUGACAUCUGUGCCUCCGAGAACCUCCUGGCAGAGAUUGACCUGGUGUACACUGAAGACUGUCGGCCGCGCUUCCACAAUGUGUGCGAGCUGGCUCAUACUCGUGUCAUCUGGAAAAACUGCCUCAUCCUGGGCUUUACAGGGUUCAUCGGUGCGGGAAUCCAGUACUGCUUCACGAGGAAUCUGCUCGGCUUUCAGCCUCACUUCUACUUCAGCUACUUCCUGCGCGUGCUGGCGGGGGGGCUGGCCUGCGCGCUGCUGUGGGCGACCGUGAACCGGUUCGGCCGCCGCGGCAUGCUGCUGCUGUCCUCCAUCGUGACUGGCAUGGCCUCCCUCCUUCUGCUCGCCCUCACGCAGUACUUGAUGGAUGGCUUCAUCCUGGUCCUGUCCAUAGUGGGGCUCCUCUCCUCCCAGGCUAUGGCCAUGCUCAGUGUGUUCUUUGCAAGUGAGGUCAUGCCUACCGUGGUCAGGGGUGCGACCCUGGGGCUGGUGCUGGCCGCAGGUUGUGUCGGGCAGGCGGCCUCCUCCCUCAUGGAGCUGCAGAGCAACAGUGGUUACUUCCUGCACCAUGUGGUGUUCGCCUCCUUCGCCGUGCUCUCGGUGCUCUGCAUCAUGCUGCUUCCGGAGAGCAAGCGCAAGCCCCUGCCGGACUCCCUGAAGGAGGGCGAGAACCAGCGGCGCCCCCCUCUCUUCCUGUCUCGUGACGAGCGGGACAGCUUGCCCCUGCUGCAGGCUCGCCCCAGGCCCUCGGACUACAACCCCGACAACUACUCCCGCCUGGUCAGCGCCACCAAGAAGAUGCUGUCCAGAGACGCCCUUCCCUUUAGGAUGGCGGGGCCACUCCCUCCCCCCUUGCUGAGCAGGAGCAGGGACGAGCAGGCUGUGGACAAUGAGGACUCUUAAGCCUGAGGCAGAGUUUGUCUCCCUGUCAGGUUUUAUAAAGUACUACAGGAGGUGGAAAAGGAAGAACUCUGUAAGAAUCACUGUCAUCUCAGCACCCCGUUUCCUACUUUGAAUGAAGGGCCAGAAGUGAAGAAAAGGCUCUGAGGUGAUCGGUAGUUUCCGCCCAGUUUGGGGGGAAAAACUGCUUUGAACAGAAAAGGUUUCCAUAGCUGCAGGUGUUCAGUGUUGAGACUUCCACAACAACGGGAAGGCUGAGCCAGGCUGAAAACUGUAAUAGAACUCGGCCUCCAACACAUCAGGGUGACAUAGUCACCAAACCCACGGACCACGUUUUUGUAAGCCCAUUAAAUCAGGUGUUAUGUAAUAUGGGAAAGACUAUGGGUUACCACAGCUGAGUUAUGUAUUUCUAUGCCCUCCUGCUACUUUGAUGUAGCUUUCAUCUUGGUGGCCACCAGCAAAUGUUGCACUUGUUCCUCUCAAGUGUGUCUCUGCCAUUGCUGGGGGAGGGGAGAUCCCUGGAGCUGUCACUUUCAAAUGACUUGAAUAACUUUAACGAUGCUGGUCUUCUUUCACAUUUGUAUGUUGAUUUUCUUAAUCAGGAAUGCUGUUAUUGUUAUAUAGUUUUAUGGCAGUGAUGGAUUUUACCUCCCCCGAUGUGUGUAUUUUCAAAUCUGUUUCUGAUUGUCGUUCUUCGUUGGGUGAAACUUGAGUAAGCAUACAUGGCCAUCUUUAUUUUACAAAGGUCUUAUGAUAAAUUAGCUGUUCAGAUAAGGAUCUUAUGAAAUAGGCCAGUACUGUAGUGUGACCUGUGGCUUCAGAGUAUUGGCUUCUUUAUUGAAGGGUCCAAGUACUGAGGAUAGUUUGCAGGCAUCUAUUUCUGGGUAUUCACGUUUUCCAUUUUCUUUUGUAAUGCUGCUAUGGGAAUCGGUUAUGUCUCGGUCACAUGCCUGUUUUGUAAAGAGCUCCCCUUGUUCAUUAAGCUGUAAUCUCUAACCCAUGUAGCUGAAGUUAGAUGUUGAUGUUCUUCAUGCUUUUAGCUUUGUAAACCUUUGUUUUGUUUUCAGGGUAGGCUCAUGCUUAUCAUUUUAAUUUAAGAAACAUUUGUAACAGUAGGAAGAUGCACUUGAGGUGAGAGACUGCACAAACUAUCGCGGAGUGACAGACUUCUGAUCAGUCUCGUGGGAUUUGCACAGGAAACAUCAAAACCUUUCCAUGGUCCAUGAUUAUGUAGAAGACAUUAGUAACAAAAUGUAGCAUUCUUUUGUACUGUGACUUCAUUGGAAUUAGCCACUCCUGCUUUGUACUAGCAGAUUAUGUAGUGUAUUUAAGCACACUGGUCGUCCUCAAAGUGCUGAUGUUCAUUUGCCCUACUUUGCCUAUGGCGGCUGAUGAAAAGACAUUCACAGUUCACAAGAAGGAAUUUCAAAUGGCGGUUCAGUAGACCAUUAGAUCAGAGGAGACCAGCUCUGGUCCUCAAGGCCUCAAGUAGGUUUUAUAGGUCUCUUUAAAUCCGCAGCUUCUGAAGACCAAGGAAAGACUUCAGUUAGUCCCCAUUAAAUAAAUAAUGAGUUUAGUUAGGUAUAUGGGGCUUCUGCACACAAGAUGUGACCAACCUAAUCCAGCACAUUCUAUUUUAACACAGGUCAGAACUGAGAUAUGAAUACAGACACAGUAGAUGGCCCACAGAAAGUGUAAGGAAAACUAUCACAGGUACAAGUUUCUUGUGUAAGUUGUUAGUUUUUAGAAAUUAACAGGACGUUGAACAAAAAUAACUUGAAAAAAAUCAACUGUAACAGCUAUUUAUGUAUUUAAUCUAUGCAGAAUAAAACAUUACUCUUAAAAGUGAUUUUCCUCAACUUCUUAUUAAUUUGAAAAUAAUCCCUUACACAAAAUUUCUUCUAAUUGUAAUACAAUCAUUUUAAAACGUUUCUUUCUCCAACUCUGCCCACAGAUGUCAGCAAAUGUGGGAAUUAUAAUGUUUUGCAUUGACAGCGACUGUAGGAUAAUUAAAAAGGGAAUUUAUUUUGCUCAUGUGAAUAGAAUGUAAUGACAGCUUAAUAUGACGAAUUAUAAAAUAAAUGGCAAUGGAGAUAAAAACACUUGGCUCUUUCAGGUGAAAUGCUGUGACCUCCUGAAAGCUUAGUCUUAGUCCUCGCUCUGCUGAACACUGCCUCCAGUUAUGUUUCUGUACUUGUUCUGUGCUUGCAGAAAGGUUUUGUGUUUAUACCCAUGCAAAAGCAAUUCCUUUACUAUAAUAAUAUUUUUCUUAUUGUGCUUAGUUUGUAUAAUUUAAAU